AUGACCUCAUAAGGAUGUAAAAAUACUAAACUAUAUACGUUCUAAUCGAACAAUACUUAAAGCUCCCUAAAUAAACCAAGAAUGGUCAAAUAUUAAGUUUUAAGAAAAUAAACAGGUUUGGGAUCGAGGAUCAUUAGAUAACCUGACUCUAGUGUAGAGGAGUAAAUAAUUGAAACUUGCAAGUCACUUAUGCCAACAAGACCAGAUACACAAUAAUCAAAAUAAAAAAAUGGAACUUAAUCUGCCUAAGAAAAACCAUAAACAAGAGAGAAUCAUGCAUCUCGACUUAGAACUCCGAAAUCAGAGAGUUUAUUAAGAAUUAAGAGCCAAGAAAAUUAAAUUGAAGACUUUUAGCCAAUCAAUUAAUAAUUCAACUAUGUGGAUGAAAUACCUUUGGAUCACCCAAUUUGGAAACUAAUUUUGCCAGAUGUUUAAAGUGUUAACAUUCCUAAGCUUAUAAAUGACAAUCCAGAUUAUUUCCAUCAUUAAUUAGGUUUUUGCGCUUGCUAUAAAUGUGAAUGUGGUUAGUGUAAAUGUAAUUUCUCUAAAAAUUGUAAAUUGAAUUAUUAAUCUUCUCAAAAUACUGUUUAUGGCAAAGAUUUCUUACAUAAACAAACUGGAUAUAAUUCUCUUCGACCAUUGAAUUAAACGUAUUACUCCACUCAAUUUUUUAAUCAAAAACCAAUUGAUCAGCAAAGUUCACAAUAAACAUCAUACAAGCAAUUCAAAAUCCCAGUAUAAGAAAUGCUUAGGCCAUAAUCACAAGAGCAUCGAGGAGAUUUCUUAGGCAAUAGUAGCUACAAAACUCAAUUCAAAUUCUGGGGACCACCAGAAACUGCUCAUUUUAAAAGGCCAGUUCAUUAAAGUGUGAGUGAUUAAAUACCUUUCACAGCGCAAUCAUUAUAUAAAGAUUCAUUUGCAAACAAACCUUAUCAGAAGCCUAGCGAUUCUUUAAAGAUGAUGACAGAAUUGACUCCUUUGCCAACUGGAUAACCAUUUGUCUCAUAAUCAUAGACCCAAUUAGCAUAUUAACCAUUCAGAAUUUAAAAAAACCCUAAAUUAAACAGCGACAAAAUCAUAGAUUAUGGUAGAAGUCCUAAAUAUGAUACUCAAUAUAAAAGUCUAGUGCAUACAGAAUACACACCAAAAAAAUAAAAAUAUUGUCCUGCAAAGGAAUACAUAGCUCAUUAUUAAUAAAGAACAUAAUAAAAAUUAAAAUAAUAAUAGUGA